AUCCGCGGCUGUAUAGUCCGUUUGCAAAUUGUGGAAUUUAGGAAUCAUUUCGGUUUAUUCCCGGGAAGUGUGUGUUUUUCCCUCUUCUUCCUUUCGGCUAAAUGGGUGAUCACGCAUUCGCUUUGCAGUUGCCCGGUCCUUCUAACAUCAUAUCCUUCUCGGAGUUGUCCCACUUCAUCAGAUUCUACAGCAGCCCAGCCAGCCCCGCGUACGAUGUCCUGAAUUACAGCUAUAAUAAUAACUCAUCGUGUGUGUUUCCCCCCGUUGCAGCUCAGCAAACCAUGCAGGAUGAUUUACUGAUGGACAAAAACAAAGCCCUGCCUCAUCAUCAGCAAGAUCCGACGCAAGUAGAUCCUCCUCCCUCCACCCCGACCCCGUCAUCGGAGCCCACUUCUUCUUCAUCGGAGUCAGACAGCCCGUCGACCGGCAGCAGUCAAGCGGCUUCAGCGCUGAGCAGCAGCAGUAGCAAGGACAAAGUGCCGAUGGAGUCGCCGAUCCUGCCCGGGUUGAGCUUCCACCAUCCGCCGCCGGAGACCGGCGGACCCCUGUCCUCCCCUUCCUCCUCGUUUGGGAGCACUUGGUCCACGGGAACCACGAACGCCGUGGACGACAGCUUUUUCCAGGGAAUACCCUCAGUGAACGGGACGAUGCUUUUCCAGAACUUCCCGCAUCACGUCAACCCGGUCUUCGGGGGCAACUUCUCCCCGCAGAUCGGCCUGGCGCCACAGUCCCAGCAGCAUCAACAGCAAGCUCAGCCGCAGCAACCCCAGCAGAGGAGGUCUCCUGUCAGCCCCAGCCAAGGCCCCUUCCCGCAGAGAAACGCUUAUCAGGCCGUCAUGAAUAACAGCAAGGGCUCGUCGUCCUCGUCGCCUGCUUCGGUCUCCUCGUCGGCUUGGAAUAAUCACCAGAACGCCGCCUGGAGCACGGCCUCCAACCCCUGGAGUGGGCUGCAGGCGGGCAGGGACCCGCGCAGAGCUGUGGGCGUCGGGGUCGGGGUCGGUGUAGGCGUCGGGGUGCCGUCUUCCCUCAACCCGAUCUCCCCAAUGAAAAAACCCUACAGCAGCAACGUUAUAGCACCCCCGAAAUUCCUAAGACCUGGACCCCUCGCCCAAAAGGCCUGGAUGGAGGACAGCGCCUUCAGGACUGACAACAGCAACAACACAUUGCCUUUCCAGGACCGGAAUCGGCCCUUUGAUGCUUUUAGCUUGCACUCUUUGGAGAGUUCCUUAAUGGAUAUGAUAAGGACUGACCAUGACAAAGGUAAACCACACCCUGCCGGUGGCCCACCAAUGACUAUCGCUGAUAUUGUAUGGAGGAAUCAUUUUGCAGGACGUAUGGGCAUCAACUUCCAUCACCCUGGAGCCGACCACAUAAUGCCAUUGAAUACCCGGAGCUAUGGCCGCCGACGAGGUCGCUCCUGUCUUUUUCCCUUUGAAGACGGUUUCCUCGACGACGGCCACGGCGACCCCUCCCUGACCCCGGGCCUCAACUCGCCGACCCGCUGUCAGAACGGCGAGCGGAUGGAGCGCUACUCCCGCAAGGUGUUCGUCGGAGGACUGCCGCCCGACAUAGAUGAAGAUGAAAUCACCAACAGCUUCCGUCGCUACGGGCACCUGGUGGUGGACUGGCCCCACAAAGCUGAGAGCAAGUCCUACUUCCCUCCUAAAGGCUACGCCUUCCUGCUCUUCCAGGAGGAGACGUCUGUCCAGGCCUUGAUUGACGCCUGCAUUGAGGAGGAUGGCAAGCUCUACUUGUGCGUGUCCAGUCCCACCAUCAAAGACAAACCGGUCCAGAUCCGACCCUGGAACCUGAGCGACAGUGACUUCGUCAUGGACGGCUCUCAGCCUCUGGACCCGCGUAAGACCAUCUUUGUGGGAGGAGUCCCGCGGCCUCUGCGUGCAGUGGAGCUGGCGAUGAUCAUGGACCGUCUGUACGGAGGCGUCUGCUACGCCGGCAUCGACACCGACCCGGAGCUCAAAUACCCGAAGGGAGCCGGCCGCGUGGCCUUCUCCAACCAGCAGAGCUACAUCGCCGCCAUCAGCGCUCGCUUCGUUCAGCUGCAGCACAACGACAUAGACAAGAGGGUGGAGGUGAAGCCGUACGUCCUGGACGACCAGAUGUGCGACGAGUGCCAGGGCGCUCGCUGUGGGGGCAAGUUCGCCCCCUUCUUCUGUGCCAACGUCACCUGCCUGCAGUACUACUGCGAGUACUGCUGGGCCAGCAUCCACUCACGGGCCGGCCGAGAGUUCCACAAGCCGCUGGUGAAGGAGGGCGGCGACCGCCCCCGACACGUCUCCUUCCGCUGGAGCUGAGGCGGCGGCGGCCCGGUCCCGGUCCCGGUCCCGCUCCGAUGAGCCCAGACCCCGACCCCACCGAGACCUCCCGCACCCCCCCACAGCCCCCACUGGGACAGUGCUGGCAGAACCCCCCACCCCCACAGCCCCACGCCGCCCUGCCCCCCCCCCCAACACACACACAACACCUCCUGAAGGAGAAAAAAAAAAGGAUCCCACCACACACGCGGGACAUGCUUCACACCACGCGCCUCUGGACUCAUCGCGUAGUGUCCCUCUGAGGAAGCGCUGAUGGAGGGGCGACUGGCCAACGGGCGUCAGCUUAGAAUUUGCACCUUGGAACAAAGUCUCACUAAACACUCACUAGAGGCAGGACGGUGUGUUAGACACCUGGCUGCUGUCGCCCCCCCCCCCCAGUUCUGCUGACUGGGCGGUGUGGCUCAUCCUAUUGGACAGGAGGUGGGACCAUACAAAUACAAAGGCUAUAUAUUUUGUUUUCUACCUAUCUAUACAGAUAAUAUAGACAAUUUAAAUUUUAUGUAAAAGGAGCAUGCACUUAUUUUCAGAAACUGUAGUUCUAUUGCCCCUAAUGAAAAAAAAAAUCAUUACCAAAGGCAAAUGAAAUUAAUGCAUAGGUGGCGUAAAAUGUAGCAACUGCGCAGCGUGGGCUGGUGCCGCCCAGAGGAAAAACAACACGGCUAUAUUUGCUCUAGAAUCCUGACUAUGAAAAUGUUAAUACCUCACACGCGCCAUCAGAUUAGUUUGCUUUCGAUUUCUAGGUCUUUAUUUUUAUAAUAACAUUAUUUUUUAGUGUUAUGUAAAUGUAAUGCUGCAAUAGCUUUGCUGCUAAAUCCAUGGUAUAAACAGAUACCAUAAGUACUUUAUUCAGGCUGGAGUGAGAAACGGUGCAGAGAAGCAGCGAGCCGUCGCCGCCGCGGGGGCGGGGGGCACCUUCGUAGGGAGGGGGGGUCGGGGUGGGUUGCCCCCAACUGCAUGUUUAUUUCAAUCAGGUUGAUGCAUGCAAUACACUUUACCAGUAUCAUGUCUACUAUUCGACUCAGCCCAUGUUUGCACACAACACACUAGAGACGUACGUUCAGCUCAUACUGGACAGAAACGGGGGGAGGGGCUGCUGGGGGGGGGGGGAGACCUAAAUAGUCAGAUUAAAUGUAGGAGUACCAUUCAAAACUGUCUAUGAUAGGUGAAGUACUUUUUUUGCAGUGAUUGUUGAUAUAAUUGUGCAAUUUUUUCUACCAUAUGUAGUCAGGCCUGAGUAUGCCUAGAACUGUGAUUCGCUUUAACUGUCGUUAAUGUCCGACAUAGAAGUCCUGUGAACCUUCAUAACUAGUGUAUGCACAUGUAUAUAUGUUCUCUUGUACACACACUUGCACCAGUACACGCGGAAGCCUCACACACACACACACACACACACACACACACACACACACACACACACACACACACACACACACACACAGGCCUAUGAACGCAGUCUGACCUGAAGAGGAGCCGCCGCCACGUGAGCUUAAACUUGGCUGAGGUGUGUUUUUUUUUUUGGUUCUUUUGAUAAAUCACGUCCCCCCCCGUAGAUAAAAACGCACACUGACGACGCAGAACGCAACCAAAGAGCUGACGUGUUUGACUUUCGCCAGGCCACCGAGACACGGAGCGAGCGGCCGCCGGCUGCAGACAGUGCAGACGGCGCAGGCUAAGAAAAGAGGGCAGUUAGUGGAAGCAUUGAAGCUACUGCAGACUGGAGCUCUGACUACACAGCUGGGGUGGGGGGUGGGAUGGGGGGGUUAUGGGGGAAGAGGCAUUACCGUAUUUAUCCAGAUUGUUUUUUAUUUCUCCUGCAAAGCUUGAAGUAAUGGACCUGCUAAAACAUAGUGGAUAUAAAUAUAUUUUUGUUCUAUUCAAAGGUUAUGGCGCAGUCAAUCAGGACUGGGGGGGGGGGGGUGCGGAGGGGGGGGGGGGGGGGUGUACGCCAGUUAUGAAUGCAAUGCAGACACUGCUCCGGUCGGUCCGAGAGGCACGGGGGCCAAGUUACACUGGUUUUAGCAGUUUUGUGGACAAUCCGGACGGUUUCCUACAUCAUUGCAGCUCUCUCUCUCUCUCUCUCUCUCUCUCUCUCUAUCUAUCUCUCUAUCUCUCUCUCUAUCUAUCUAUCUAUCUCUCUCUCUCUCUCUCUAUCUAUCUCUCUAUCUCUCUCUCUAUCUAUCUAUCUAUCUAUCUCUCUCUCUCUCUCUCUCUCUCUCUCUAUCUAUCUAUCUCUCCUUGUUUUAGUCACAAACUGUUAUUUUGCUUCAGAGUAAAGGGCCUGUGUCGAAAGUCUAAUCCAACCUAAGCAGAUUUUUUUUUUGUUUUUAAUAUUUACUGAUGAAACUAAAAAUACAACAUUUAAAUAAGAGGCUAAUCAUGAGUAAUAAUACUGAUCCCUAUGAAAGUGAACACUGGGUGUUUUUGUGACCUUUCUUUCCCCGCCCAGACUGGUUUUCUAUGUUCGUUCCUUCUCUAUGAUCGAUGUUUGUUAUGCACUACUCUUUGUAUCUGAACAGUUUUUCGACAGUCAGCAGUUCUUUUUGUUGAAAGACAAAAAACAGGCGACUAAGUGUGCUUUCUGACUGACAAGAUCUUUUGCAAUACCUCAAUUUUGAAAAUGUAUUAGGAGAGAAACUGAUAUUUUCUAAGUGAGUUUAUUCAGAUGAAAAAUAUAUAUAUUAAUUUAAUUCUUCAAGAGACUGAUUUAACAGAGGGUUGAUUUUUUUUAUUUUUCUCAUUUACUUUUAUUUUAAGAAUUUAUUUUUUUGAAAAUGACAACAACUGAAGGAGUUAGAGCUUUAUAACUAAUAUAAUGAUGUAGUUAGUGAGAGUACAGUCUACUUUAUUACAGUGGAGGUUGCGAGUGUCCCACUGGUCAAAUUAGUCGAACCAUCAGAGAAGAGCUCUGGGAGAGAAAGCUGAUGUUUCCCACGUUUUUGUAUAUUUAUAAUCAGGCGUGUACUAUGCUGACCAGAGUUGUGAAAGCGUUCUUCUGUUUAUUAUUUUUUUUAAGAGAAGUUUUUUAUGUUUCCUAAAAGUAUGUGCUCCUUUUUCGUUUUGUAAAAAAAAAUGUUAAAAAAAGGAGGGUGAUGCUGGUUUGUUAGCCUGACGUCGUCGGUAGGAAACUAAAACACGAGACCUGCGAGAGUCGCUGAGCAGCAGGAGGCCGCGAGGCGAGAAUGUUCUUUUUAACACGAAGCUACACAAGUGUUUUCACCUGUAACUUGAUCGAAAGCCCCCAAGGUGCAUCAAUUGACUGGUGGCCUUCUAUUCACGCAAGACUUGAAUUAGUCCCAUUUUUUAAGGCUAAGAACCUUGAUUCUUUGUUGUAAUGUGCAAUACUGUUUGUACUGUUUGUAGAAAAGAAGAAAACGAGAAAAAAGAGGCAUAAAUCUUUAUUGCAGAAUUAUUUUCAUUGCAAGCAUUGUGAUUCACUAAAAUCAUUUUCUACUGUGUAUUUACCUACUCUACCUGCUAGUACCUUCCAGUAGUAAUGUAGCCUUUGUACUGAGAAAUUUUCAUUAUUUUUAGAAAGUUUUGCUAAAAAGAAAAGAAUUUAAAUGUAUUUACAUAUUUUCAUUUUUAUUUCAUGUUUUUUUUUUCUUUACAGACUUGUUUCUCAACCAUUAAUACUUAUUUCUGGGAGAGACUUUCAUAUCUGGUCAAUGUCAUUAAUAUUAUUUUGUAUUUUUUACUUAAAAUAAAUUAAUUUUUUGAUGCUAAUUCAUUUAAAAGUUUAUUUUAUUUUUUAUUAUUUCACUUUUCCUUUUUUUUUGAAGCUGAAAAAAACAAACUUUGUAAUAAUGUUACAAGUGUCUCAAUUUUUGAAUUGCUCUGCUUUAUGUGUAAACUCAAUGAUGUUGCUUACCUUAGUGUGAAAAUGAUGUACGGUGAAAAAAAAAACUACUCACAGGCAACAGAUCGGUGGUUGAUGAUGUUUAAGUGAUUCGCAAUGUAAACAAAUGAAUAGGCAAUAAAAUAAAAAUGGCCGAAUGGA